CUAACGACCCGAACAAAACAGAGGGGAAACGUACGUGCCGGCCUUGAAGCUCGGAGAUCUUCCCGGGCUUCAACAAGGCGGAGAGUUAUUGUUGCCCACGCUUGCCGAUCUCCUCCCCCCUCUUCCCCUCCCCGCCUUCUUCGGCUCAAUCCAACACACCGCCUCCUCUGUUGGAUUCGGUUUCUCGGCGUUUGACCUCCGAUCGCCAGGCCCCCAUGAAUCAGGGGGCCCUGCUCGAACUUCCUCACGCCGACGACAGCCCUGCGAGCAGCAAGGCAGAAGAAUGCACGGACCUGGACAUGGCCAAUCUUAACAUCGAUGCAGAAACGGCGAAGAGGCGAUCGGAGGUGGUGGAGUGGCUAAACUAUAUGAUCCCCGACUUCAACAUGAGCGUUGAAGCUUCGGCGGAGGAGCUGAGAGCUAGGUUGGUCGACGGUACCGUCUUUUGCCGCAUCCUGAAGCGGAUCAUUCCUGCCUCUUCAGAGAUUGUUGAUGGUCAUUGUGUUACCGAGGAGGAGCGCUUGGAUAACAUAGGCAGGUUUGUUUCAGCUGUCAAGAAGAUGGGAUUGCCCAGCUUUCGGGUGACAGACCUCCAACAGGGACCUGUGACUGCCGUAGUAUAUUGCCUUUGGUCUCUGAGGGAUCAUCUCAGCUGGGACUAUGGUGAAGAUAAGGACUCACCAAGAAAGUUCGUUGGUGACCCAAUAGAAAGGUCAAAACCUCUGGCACUCAAUAGGCCAAAGACACCGAAGGUUUUGAGUGUGAAAAACAGUCAAAUGGAGCAACACUCUGUAAACUCAGGAGAAAACAGAAUAAACAGCUUUGUGGAUUUGCGAUUGAAGCAUGUUCGGCAAACUAAUCCUGUGUUAUCAGAUCCAUCAACUCCUCGCUCUCAUCAUAGCGGACAUAAGUUCCACGAGCUUUUCCAGCUAAAACAAGGACACUACUAUGAACUUUCUGCCGCUAAGAUUUCUGAAAUGAUGGAAUCAAACAAUUUAGAUAAUGCCCCCACUCAAUCGCUUUUAAGUGUCAUAAAUGGGAUUCUCGAUGAAAACAUCGAAAGGCAGAAUGGAGAAAUACCUUAUCGUGUAGCAUGCCUGCUAAAAAAGGUUGUGCAAGAGAUUGAACGGCGCAUUUCGACGCAAGCAGAGCAUAUACGAAAUCAAAAUAAUCUCAUCAAAAUACGUGAAGACAAGUAUCACUCAAGGAUUAGAGUGCUAGAGACACUUGCGAAUACGUUGAAUGAAGAAACACAGAUGGUUAUGAACCAACUUCAGCAUCUAAAGACAGAAAAAUCCAUAAUUGAAGAGAAGAAGAAACAUGCUGAAGAAGAUGUGGCUAAACUGAGGAAGGAGAAGGAAAAUAGUGAUAAGAUAAUUUCAGAACUGAAUCAGAAUCUAGAAGCCAUGAAGAUGUCAUACAAUGAACAGUUUCACCAACUGGAAAAGAAGGAGAGAAUUGCUCAGAUGGAGUUAGAAGAAAAAAUAAAGGAGGCUGAAUCCCUUUUAGAAGAAUCAAGAAACAGAAGAGAAGAGAUAGAGGCAAUAUCAGAAUCUAAAUGUCAGAAUUGGAACAAGAAAGAAAACAAUUUCCAAUGUUUCAUAAAUUCAUAUCUGCGGUCAGUGCAGGGUUUGAGAUUAUCCUUUGAUUCCAUCAAGCUUCAAAUAGUGGAUAGAGAGAAGAGAUGGUUUGAAGAAUUUACUAAUUUUGGCCAAAAGCUGAAAGUAUUAACGGAUGCAGCAGGAAAUUAUCAUUCAGUCCUUGAAGAAAACCGGAGGUUAUACAAUGAGGUCCAGGAACUAAAAGGAAAUAUUAGAGUAUAUUGUCGGAUAAGGCCAUAUCUUUCUGGGGAAAAUAAAAAACAAAGCACCAUAUAUUAUAUUGGUGAGAAUGGUGAGCUAAUUCUGGCAAAUCCCACUAAACAGGGAAAAGAUGGACAAAGGGUAUUCAAUUUUAACAAGGUUUUUGGUCCUACUGCUACUCAAGAGGAGGUGUUCUUGGACACUCGGCCUUUAAUACAAUCUAUCCUUGAUGGUUACAACGUAUGCAUCUUUGCUUAUGGUCAGACUGGAUCAGGAAAAACCUACACAAUGACAGGGCCUGAUUCAUCAUCUGAAACAGAUUGGGGUGUCAACUAUCGAGCUCUGAAUGACCUUUUUCAAAUUUCUCAGACUAGAAUAGAGACAUUUAUAUAUGAAGUGGGUGUUCAGAUGGUCGAAGUAUACAACGAGCAAGUGCGUGAUUUACUUGCAAAUGAUAGCACACAAAAAAGACUUGGAAUCAUGACCACUUCCCUGCCCAAUGGACUUGCUGUCCCUGAUGCUAGCAUGCAUACUGUUCAAUCGACUUUGGAUGUGCUGGAACUGAUGGGGAUAGGACAGACCAACAGGGCUGUUAGUGCCACUUCCUUGAAUGAAAGAAGCAGCCGGUCACACAGUAUUCUUACUGUUCAUGUUCAAGGAAUGGAUCUGAAAACUGGAGCUACCUUGCGUGGUUCACUUCAUCUGGUGGAUCUUGCUGGAAGUGAGAGAAUCGAACGUUCCGAGGUUAUUGGAGAAAGGCUCAAGGAAGCACAACAUAUCAAUAAGUCUUUAUCUGCUCUUGGAGAUGUCAUCUUUGCUCUAUCACAGAAGAAUACCCACGUACCAUACAGAAAUAGCAAGCUUACUCAAGUACUACAAAGUUCUUUAGGUGGACAUGCUAAGACACUGAUGUUUGUACAUAUAAAUCCAGAUGUAGGAUCUUAUUCAGAGACCUUAAGCACCUUGAAGUUUGCUGAAAGGGUAUCUGGGGUGGAGCUAGGUGCAGCAAGGAGCCAAAAAGAGGGCAAAGACGUCAGAGAUUUGAUGGAGCAGGUGACAUCACUUAAAGAUACAAUUGCAAAGAAAGAUGAGGAGAUUGAACAACUGAAACUAAAAGCUUUCAUAUCAAGGUCUCCCAGUAUAAAGAACGAAAGGAAUAGCAACAAUUUCUUGAGAUACAAUUCCUUCUCUCCUGCUCGCACUUCAACCUUAGCUGGGACCAUGCAACAUAAACAGAGGACAUCGACUGGAAAGCUGCUGAACAACAAUAACGAAGCAGCCAGAAAAUCUGAGAACUGCUCAGAGAUUGGAGAUCAUUUUGAAUAUGGUUCACAGAAGUCAGUAGAUGAUAACAAAAACCAGGACACCUUUAUGCAGCUGAAGCACACAGGAGGGAUCUCAGCUCAGGCUUCUGCAGAUAUUGAGCUUUUGGGCUUUGGUGAUGAAGAUGCAGAGGAGCAUCUGAGUGAUAUAUCUGAUGGCGUACUUUCCAUGGGGACAGAAACAGAUGGCUCACUGGGCAGUGUUGUUGAGUUCAGCCUCUUUCCUGAACAGAAGAAAUCAUCUGAAGCCCCAAAAGUGAAGAUGCCUAAAAUUCCAGCAUCGAUACCUAAACCACCUCCGAAGAAGACUGCGCAUAGCACAGCAUUCUUGCCAAAAACAAAUAAUGCAUUGAGGCCUCCAACUUCUCUUACAAUGCCACGCUCACGAAAAAGCACAAGCCAGGUUACAAUGUCAUCACCGGCCAGGCCUCCAAGACGAUGGCAGUAGGUGAUGUGCUCUAGUGUGACUGCUACUUAACAACUAAUGGAAGUGAUUUUACGCAGCAGUAAGGUAGCAUAAGGAAACUUUUGAGUUGGUUCUGUAAUCUCAUAAUGGAAGGGGUAGUUAGAGAGCAAUAGCCUCUGCAAUUUUGUGUUUCUCUUGAGUGAUCAUGAGACAGAAACAUGUAAUGCUUGCAUCUAGAAAACAGUGGCACUCAUACUUCGAACGAAAUGUUCCUCAAUGUCAUUGGUGCCUCGAGGAGGGAUGGCUGAUUUCGAAAGCCUUGAGUUGAGUUAUUCCUGCAAGAGAAGACUAUCAUUAUGUAUGUUCCCAACUUAAUCCUCUGAUGCUUAGAUCAACAAUCGAAUUUCUAUAGGGAAUAAUAGAGAAAGGAGAGAGAAGAACCUAAGUUGUUGCCAAAGGAUUUCUUUGACAUGGUGU